CAGCUGGUCCCGCGCCUCCUCUGGCCAGUUUGCAGACUGCUGGGAGUUGGCUCCGCUCGGCUGUUCCAGUCUGCGGAGACUCUUCCCGGUUGUGUGCCCAGCUCGGCUCCGCAAUGCCGGUGGACCUCAGCAAGUGGUCCGGGCCUUUGAGCCUGCAGGAAGUGGACGAGCGGCCGCAGCAUCCGCUGCAGGUCAAAUACACCGGGACAGAGAUCGACGAGCUGGGUAAAGUGCUGACGCCCACCCAGGUUAAGAACCGGCCCACCAGUAUUGCGUGGGAUGGCCUUGAUUCUGGUAAACUCUACACCUUGGUCAUGACAGAUCCAGAUGCUCCCAGCAGGAAGGACCCCAAGUACAGGGAGUGGCACCAUUUUCUGGUGGUCAACAUGAAGGGCAAUGACAUCAGCAGUGGCACAGUCCUCUCCGAUUAUGUCGGCUCUGGGCCUCCCAAGGGCACAGGCCUUCACCGCUAUGUCUGGCUGGUUUACGAGCAGAAGGGGCCACUGAAGUGUGACGAGCCCAUCCUCAGCAACCGAUCUGGAGACCACCGUGGCAAAUUCAAAGUGGCAUCUUUCCGCAAAAAGUACGAGCUUGGGCCCCCAGUGGCCGGCACGUGUUACCAGGCGGAAUGGGAUGACUAUGUGCCCAAACUCUAUGAGCAGCUCUCUGGGAAGUAGGGGAAUGCCAGGAGAUAGAGGCCAUCCUGGAGACCUCAAGCAGUGUUCUCAAGUUCAGUGAUGCAUGUAGAUUUCUCUGCUUCCCCGUUCCCAUUCUCACAGGUGAGGCCUGAGCAGUCAGGUAGUGGUCUAGAGUGACCUUUCCUUCUGCCUGUCCUUUAUAAUUCUAGAGGGUCACACUGCCCAUUUCUGUUUUGAUCAAAUUUGAACUCCAUUUUUGGGGGUAUUUUGGUACUGUGUUGGGGUCAUCAAAUUGUUAUGGUAAGAAUAGCAAUCCAGAAUUUCAAGAAGUAAAAAUUGAGGUAAAAAGACCAGGUCUUUGGUAGUAGAGCAGAGUGUCAUAGAAUCUUUAAGGU